AAUUUUAUGGCCGAUCUUGGAUUGAUCUGUCCCUAGUUGGCGCUGCAUUGCUAGAUGCUCCACAAGCUUUUCCUCUAUUCUCCUUCAUUUGCACAUCUGUUGAAGUUUCAUGUCUGUGCCAAUAUCUGAUGUUUUAAUGUUUGUCAAGGAUGAGGAUUUCACAAAUUAGUCAAUGUUCCAUGGCCUCUAAUAGUUAACAAUAGGAUUUCACGGGAUUUUGAAUGUUCAACCAGUUAAUCCAAUGCCUUCUUGAUGUUGGCACCAGUAGGCAUCACUGAGCUGCCUGGUUCGUCUGUCAAAAGCUCAACGUGGGUCUGAUCAAACUCGAACAGUGUUAUGAGCACAUCCCAGGCGACUUGAACAUCUUUAUGACAUCUAUGUAACUCAUUAGGGGAGAAUAGAUUUUUCUCUCUUUCCCAUGGUAUUUAUUUCUUUUGCAGGGGGUUUUUUUGUUCUCAUUUAGCAAAUGCUGGACCCCAGUAGUUGCUCAUGCAGACUAAAUUCUCACUCCUAUAAGUCAAGUCUCUUUUUCUGGGAUUCAACAAUGGUUGUUGCAUGCAGACAAAAAUCGCACUCUUAUAAGUCUCUCUUUUUCUUGGAUUCUUCUUAUUCUUCUUGAUUCAUUUUUAUGCAGAUGGUAAUUUGAAGUUUGUCGAAAUAGAGAAGGGCUGUUGGAUGUAAACCAAAAGAAUGGGAUUACAGGGGGGUGAUAUCAAUAGUUUUGAACUAUUUGGUGGUGCCCACCCAAAUUCUAAUCUGAUGGCCGGUUGGGGAUCCUUGUCUGGUUUAGAUCUUGGUGAAGUUAAGAACCAACUGUGGGACUUAGGGGAGCCUCCAAGUAGCUUGAAUGUUGAUGAAUUACUCAUGAAUGUCUGGACUUUUGGGGUUAACAAUCAAGCAAUGCAGGUUGUUGAUUAUGAGCCAGCCUUUGAUCGGCCUGAACCGGACAGUUCUUUGAAUCCACAAUUCAGCCUUGGGCUAACCCGUGAUCUGAACAACAGUGUUGAUGAGCUUUGGCAGGAAAUCCAACAGGGCCAGAGUAGUCUAGAUAGGAAGGACAGUCUAGGGGAUAUGACAUUGGAGGACUUCUUGAUUAAGGCUGGGGUGGUCACCGAGUCAUCUGCCCUGAAAAUAAAUCCAGGCUCCAUACAUCAUAUUGUUGAUCCUGCACAACAGGAACAAAGCUUGCAGCCUGUUUUUAUGCCCGGCCAUCUGAAUCGCCAGCCUAUUCCUACAGGCGGAAGUCCGGUGAUGAAUGCAGUUUAUUCUGAAAUGGAACUAGUCAUGUCUCCAUUGAAUUUGAUGGCCACUAUGUUGGGGACACAAAGUCGUAGACGACGGAGGGUUCCCCUCGGUGUGAUUGAAAAGAUUGGUGAAAGAAGGCUAAAAAGGAUGAUCAAGAACCGGGAAUCAGCAGCGAGGUCACGAGCUAGAAAGAAAGCUUACCAGCAUGAGCUCGAGAAUGAGGUUUCACGUCUGGAGGAGGAAAAUCGAAGGCUGAGGCAAAGGGAGACUAAGGAUAUUCACGUCGUGCAUAUUCCUCUGGAAAAACCUUGUUGUGCAAAAGGUUCUUGCAUAGAAGUCAAGUGCAUUCAUAUAAUUCAAUCUCUUCAGCACACAAAUGACAAAAUUUAUUAUCUACCAGACACCUUUUCAAGUUUCUUAGAUCAAUACAUUUGAAAGGAGGUGGAGCUGAAAUUGCCUAAAGAACCACUGACGGAGCCGAGGUAUCAACUGUGCAGAACCAGAUCAGCCCCUGUAUGAG